AUGCAAGAUGGGAUCUCCUCGACGCAGUUGCUCCACAUGCUGCUGCAAAGAGAGAAACUUCUUUAUCAGAACUACCCGCUAAGUCUGGCCCAGGGGGAGGGUAUGAUAGGCUGGCGAGAGCGGAACCGUGAAUGCGCCUGGGUGUGUGCUGCUGCGAGACGAAUCGGACUUGAAAUGGACGCUGCUUCAUUAGCGGUAUCCAUCUUCGAUCGUGUAGUCACCAGUGUUCGCAUCCCCGGCAAGUACAUCAACUGUGUCGCUGUCGGAAGUUUGAGCAUUGCCAAAAAGCUCUGCGAGGAUCACGAAGAAGAUGCGCCAGUUUUUCUUGGUCGUCUUCGUCUCGAGUACAGCGCACAAGAACUGAAGCGCAUGGAGCUUAAGAUUCUCGAAGUUCUUCGUUGGGAUGCAAAUCUUCCUAAUCUCAAUCGCUUCGUCGAAUGUCUGCUGUCGGAGCUCGAAGCAACUUUCCUUCUGCCAUCCAUCAAAAAGCACUUGGAUUUUCUGCUCUGUGACUCCGCUCUGACGUCGAACUUCCGUUGGAGUGUACUUGCUCUUUCCACCGUGUCACUUCUCGUUGAAGCCACCAACAAGCACUGGCAGUAUCCGAUCAAUGCGCUUGCUCGUCUCUGCAAGAUUCCAAUGAGCGAAGUCAACCGAUGCCGAGUGAAAAUUUCUAACCUCUGGUCUCGUCAUAUGCUUCCGAUGCCAUCGACUUUCCAUCUUCUCGCAGACCUCGACGACCAAGACAGCGACAUGGACACAGACAGCCCACUCUCAUACGACCCAUCAUCUCAUCCUCCGGCCCCCUCUUCUGAAGCCUCCGAGUACAUCACCUCGCCGGCCCCUCGGGCACUACAACCUACUCCGUGUUAA